AUGACCACCACAUCUCACCAACCCCCCAAUCCCCAACCAUGUCCACCACAACAUCAACACCAACGGCCCCGAGCGACCCCGACCCGCAUCUUCAUCCGCCUCCGCGACCGCCUCCAACUCCUCCUCGAACGCUUCGUCGACGGGGACACCACAGCACAAGCCGGCUUUAGAACCUACAAGACGCACCGGGACGCGAGGUGGCUUGCCAAGGAUCGGGGCCCGGCGUCCGCGGCGCUCGUUGCCGUGUCGAAUACCAACGAUGAUGAGCCAGUCCGCCGUCGCAGCCGCAAGCAGAGUCCGGUCACGCAGCAAGGAGAUUUGUCUGUUGCGGGUGGUGGUGGUGGCGGUGGUGAUGAGCUUCCUCGUGACGAUGUUGGUGAGGGGCUGGUUAUUCCCAAGACCAGGGAGAAAGGCAAGGAAAAGCAGACGACGGCCGCGCAGUCUCUCCAGAUCAAGUACCCUCUCAUCCAUCGUCUCCUCGACCUUCCUGAGAGGAAGCCAGAGACAGCGAAGGAGGAGGAAGAGGGAGAGGUCGGACGCUAG